CUCUCUCUCUAGGUGUUAUUCCUCAUCUUCCUCAAAACAUAUAACCUCCCUUCCAGUCAAUAUGCCUGACCACAGGCACUGCAAUUUACCAUUUAUUCUCCUCCUUAAUUAUUAUUAUUCUUUAUUAUGCACCCAGAGAAAUCAUAACCUACUCAUGACCUAAUCACUCCAGCACUUCUAUUUAUCUCUCUCCUUCCUUUGCUUUUCUAGAUGCACUUAGCUUUUUCUCCUUCCUCCAGAAAGGCAACUGCAAGCUUAGCUUGAUCUUGAUCUUGAUCUUGAUCUUGAGCUGGGAUUGGAGUGGAGGUGGAUCGAUCAAAUGGCGACCGUCUACCCUGAUCUUUCACUCCACAUCUGUCCGCCGUCGGCCGCCCUGGCGGUGUCGGCAGCGGCGGUGGCAUCCAACUCCAGUGGCAGCAGCGGGAGCGAGUUGAGCCAUGACCUCCUUGUGCGAGAACAGCAACGACUGAAGGCGUUUCAUCACCAUCAUCGAGUCCGGCACGGCGGCUGCGAGCCGACGCUGCACCUUGGGCUCGACCAGUACGACAGCAUCAACCAUGAUCAACUCCUGCGCCGUCUCAGUCACCGGCAGGCGGCGCACGGGUUCAAGCGCACGCCGGCCGGCCAUGCGAGGAAGAGGAGCAUCAGAGCUCCGAGAAUGAGGUGGACCACCACACUCCACGCCCAUUUUGUCCAUGCCGUCGAACUCCUCGGCGGCCAUGAGAGAGCAACCCCGAAAUCGGUUCUGGAACUCAUGAACGUCAAGGAUCUAACCCUAGCUCACGUCAAGAGCCAUCUCCAGAUGUAUAGAACAGUGAAGAGCACUGACAGAGGAGGAGCACAAUUAGGAGAAAUGGGGAUGAAUAGUGUUGCUCAGAGGAGUGGAAGAGAGGUGGAAGCAGCAGAACUAGAAGUGGAGGGAGGACAACUGCAGGCAUAUGAUAAAGCUGGGCAAUACGAUCAGAUCAGCCAUUGCCACUGCUCUUCUAGUGCUGAGUUGAGAAGGGAUCAUUGGCUGAAGAGUGACAGACAGGUGCAGAGGGAAGAGGAGGCAAAUAUCGACACUUUCUCUGCUGCAGUAGAUGGUGGAAGAGCAUUUCCUGACCUUGAAAUAACAUUAGGCAGACAGAGUUGGCAAAUGCAGCAUGAGGAUGUAUCUGAAGAGAGGACCCUUCUCAAGUGCCUAUCAAGUCACAGAAAUAGCAUUACUUGGAAUGUUUGAAGAGUUAGGGUUGCAUUUGGGGAGUUAGAGUUUGUACAUGUAAAAUCUAGUCCUGACAAAAUCUGGCUAGAGAUUAAAUUUUUGUAUGGUGUAUGCAUUUGUACUCAUGAUUUUAUGAUGAUUAACUCUUUGGGACUGAUAA